CUCUCUCAUCACACCAUUCACAGUUCUCUCUUAAAAAAGAUCAAAAACUUUUGACCUUCAAAAUGGCCUUUACUUACCGAUUCACCACUAACCUCUCACUCCUGCUCCUCUUCUUCUUCUUCUUCUUCUUCGCCACCUCUUUCGCAGCACUCGUAAAAGAACAACCUUUGGUGCUAAAAUACCACAAUGGCCCUCUGCUCAAAGGCAAAAUCACUGUCAACCUCAUCUGGUACGGCAAAUUCAGCCCCACUCAACGCUCCAUAAUCGUCGACUUCAUCGAAUCGCUCAACUCUCCUGCUUCUCCGCCGCCGCCCUCCGCCGCUUCCUGGUGGCGUACCACCUCGAAAUACAAGGGCGGCGCCUCCAACCUCGUCAUCGGAAGCCAAACCCUCGACGAGAAUUACUCAAUGGGAAAGUCUCUCAAAACCAUGCAGAUCACCGCUUUGGCUUCUAAGCCGAACCGGGUCGGAUCCAUCAACGUCGUCCUGACGGCGAAGGAUGUCGCCGUCGACGGGUUCUGCAUGAGCCGGUGCGGGACCCACGGAUCGACCCGGGGGAAGACCCGGGUGGCGUAUGCUUGGGUGGGGAACCCGGAGACUCAGUGCCCGGGCAUGUGCGCGUGGCCGUUCCACCAGCCCUUGUACGGCCCGCAGACGCCUCCGUUAGUAGCGCCUAACGGGGACGUUGGGAUCGACGGGAUGAUUAUAAAUUUAGCUACAGUAUUGGCUGGAACUGUUACCAACCCGUACAACAACGGGUAUUUUCAGGGACCCGCCACAGCGCCGCUGGAGGCGGUUUCGGCUUGCACCGGGAUUUUCGGGUCGGGCGCUUACCCGGGUUACGCGGGCAACGUGCUCGUGGAUAAGAGCACGGGCGCGAGUUACAAUGCGAAUGGGGUGGGCGGGAGGAAGUUCUUGCUGCCAGCCAUGUGGGACCCAGAAACGUCUACGUGUAAAACUCUCGUGUGAUGUUUUUGGCGGAAAAAUGAUUGGGUGUGGGCAUGUGUAUGGUUGCGGAUAUACUCGCACGUUGGAUAUAAGUAUGGAGGCUUGGGGCAACAUCCGGGUUGUCGUUUUAGCGUGACGUGUAAAUUGUGCUUGUUUGGAAAAUUACUACUGUACUACGUCGAGGAAGUUGUGAAAAUUUAAAACAAUAAGUCCACGUACAUUCUUAUUGACCACCUCCGAUCAUUCAUCUCUUACAUAUAUGUAUGAGAUUGACUUUACAAUUAAUGUAUGAAACCGAUACAUAUGUAAGAAAAGAGUGGUUCGGAAGGAGUUGGUAAGAAUGUACAUAACAUUGUGGAAUUUAAAAAAUAAAAUUACAUUUGAGGGGUAA